CACGAACAAUCAAUUUCUGUCGUUGCCUGACACCGGAAUCCAUCAGAUUGGAUCUAGUGUCACGGAACUCCCGGUUGUCUUUUUGUGGACAUAAAAUUCAUCUGAAGUCCAAUCACCGCAGUUCCUCUUUUCGAUCCUUUCGAUACCCAAAGAAACUCAAAAGAUGCCUCGCUCUGGAACCAACAGCCAAGGAAACAGCUACACCACUCCAGGUGGAUCGAACUCGAACAGUGGAUCAUCGUACCACUGUAAGUUGAAGAUUGCUAUCCCACACCCGACAUUUACAGUAGACCGAAUGGAAAACUGUCUUGCCUGUGUCUCUAUGUGGAAUCUAUGGUAUUCGGCAAUCGUCUGAUUGCGAUCUUUAUUUCCUGACUAUAUACUAACGUCCUUCUUUGUCCACAAAACUCAUAUUGCGCAGACUCGAACUCGAACGGGUCGUAUUACUACUCCAACGACAACGGAUCGACCUACUACAACAAUGGUUCGGGAAGCAGCACAUACACUUCGCCUUCUGGUUACGUCAGCAAGAAAUAGAUGUAUCUGCUCAGGAAGGGCACAUCAUAGCCCACACUCGUCCCGAAAUCUAUCUUCCAUUUACAACUCCAAUCUUGCCCAAGCGUUGGAUUCUUCUGUUGGAAGAAUAACAGUAACAAAACAAUAAUUUCUAUAAUAGCAA